ACUCGAUACCACAUAUACACAUUACGAUCGAUAUCAUGGCGGCAGAUAUGGGCAGCGAGGUGUACCGGGCGUCGACAUUUGCACCAGUCAACAUUGCUGUUAUCAAAUAUUGGGGAAAACGGGAUACCAAGCUCAACCUCCCUACCAAUGGCUCCAUCUCCGUUACGCUGUCCCAGGACGAUCUCCGCACACACACCACCGCCGCCUGCAGCCCCGCCCUGACCGAGGACAGCCUCACGCUGAACAAUGCCGUCCAGGACAUUUCCGGUGCGCGAAUGCAAGCAUGUUUGCGCGAGCUGCGAUCACUGCGAAAAGCGGUCGAGGACGCCGACUCGGCGCUGCCUAAGCUGUCGGAGCUGAAGCUGAAGAUUGUCAGUGAGAACAACUUCCCUACUGCUGCGGGCCUGGCCUCCUCUGCUGCUGGAUUCGCUGCCCUCGUUCGGGCCAUUGCCAACCUGUAUCAGCUGCCCACUACGCCCACCGAUCUCUCCCGCAUCGCCCGACAAGGCUCGGGCUCGGCAUGUCGCAGCUUGAUGGGCGGAUACGUUGCCUGGCAGAAAGGAGAGGAGGCAGAUGGCAGCGACAGCUUCGCGUAUGAAGUCUCCCCGGCCUCCCAUUGGCCUGACAUGCGAGCUAUCAUCCUCGUAGCAAGCGCCGAGAAGAAGGAUGUCAGUUCGACGGCCGGCAUGCAGCAGACUGUUGCCAGCUCGGCUCUGUUCCAGCAUCGAGCAGACGAGGUGGUACCCAAGAGAAUGAAGGCUAUGGAAAAGGCCAUUCACAACAGGGACUUUGAGGGCUUCGCCAAGUUGACCACAAAGGACUCGAACAACUUCCAUGCCACCUGCCUCGACACCGAUCCACCCAUCUUCUACAUGAACGACACGAGCCGAGCUGCUGUACGUGUAUGUGAGUACAUCAAUGCCAGUCAUCCAGAAGGGAAGCAGUACUGUGCGUAUACGUUCGACGCCGGCCCAAACGCCGUGGUUUACUACCUCGCCGAACACGAGGCUGUUGUGGCUGGUACAUUUAAGAGCAUUGUCGGGGACAAGACGGGGUGGGAAGGCGCAAGGGGGCAGAAAAUUGAGGCCACGGGAGCUUCUCUUCCUGAUGGUGCCGAAGUGGCCGCUGAGAAGCUCAAGAGCGGAACAUCGAGGGUCAUCUUGACCAGUGUGGGAGAUGGGCCUCGCAAGACUGAUCAGCAUCUGGUAUAAUGUUCGACGCCCGUGCUUGGAAGAUAUCCCGGCCAUUCUAUGUGGAUGGUCAAAUCGCACGAAUCCUCGCUUUCCGCGCGAUUUGGAGAACGAAAGGCGCAGCGCAGCCACUUCUCAAUUCAUUCCCCUCCCUGUCCGAUCGUCUCAUAUCGGUUCUGAUCUGGUUGAAAUGUGACAAUCUGAUCCCACCUCACUCGGCAAAGUUGGCUGAUAUCACUCCACACCACUUCGUAGGCAAACCACUCUGAUCUCGUGAAAAAUCAAAAAGGUUUUCAAAUCUCAGGCGGAUCAAUCGCGAAGCAAUAUGUGAGUGAAUGGAUAUGGAAACAACCCCCCCAACCUUCAGAAGUUUCGGGAAGUGUCACCCAUAUCCUUUGAGUAUCGUCGAGAAGGAUCAGGAGAGAGCUUGUAUGAAACUGAUUGUCCUAAAGACCGACAACGCUGCAAACGUACAUCUAGCAAGCACGCAAGCAAACCAGCAGGUCGUGUAGUACUUAGCUGUCAUUAAUAGGCCUCAAUCCCAGCUGAAAUUCCG